UGCCAAGGUCAAAUUAUGUCAUCGUUAUGAAAGCAGUACCUGGCAUUCCCACGUUCAAACAAGAAUUCAGCAAGGCAGCCUAAACCAGUGCAUCAACUUCAGUCUUCAUGUGAGGAAACCGAAUCUAUCUACAAUCAAGCACUUUACCGCGUCGUAUAUCUUUCGUCUCUGUUUAAAUAGGAGCAACUUUCUUGUAUAGGAGUGUUUUAGAAGCAUCUUUUUUUACCAAUUAUAUAGAAAGAUGGUUUUCUGGUUUCUUUCGGUGACUUCAUGUGUCCUUUUAGGAUUUAUCAUCUUGGUGUAUAUCUGCUAUGAUAUCUGGUGUCGCCGAUAUUGGAUCCGGCAUGGAAUAAGUUCACCUCCCUCUCAACCUGUUCUUGGCAAUACAUAUGAAUGGAGAAAGGGGCAACAUAACAAAUACGUAGAGUACAAGCAGAAAUACGGCAAUUUCUUCGGAGUAUACAACUUCAAUCGACCCAUCCUGGUUAUAAGUGAUCUGGAUGCUGCCAGGAACAUUCUGGUAAAGGAUUUCCAUCACUUCUACAACAGGCUAAACGCUCCCCUUGCCAAUCGUCCUAUGGAUAAAGCACUCUUCUUCCUCAAAGAUGCGAGAUGGAAAGUAGUCAGAAAUAUUAGCUCUCCGACUUUCAGCGCAAGCAAAAUGAAACUGAUGUCCACUUUGGUCAACGAGAAAGCUGAUAGACUGGUGGAGAACAUUGGACAAGAACAAGAGAAGCAUGGUUUUGUAGAAUGCAGAGAACUUUAUGGAUCGUACAUCAUGGACUCGACUACGAGAUGUGCUUUUGGACUUGACGUUGAUUCACAGGGCGAUCCCGAGCACCCUUUUGUUGCUCAUGCAAAAAAGACAUUCCAGGUUGGGGUUGUCUUCAACCCUCUGAUUGUGCUUGUGGCACUUUUCCCCUGGGUGUCCCGCAUAUUUCUCUACUUUGGCAUCGGGGUCCUGAGCAGAGAGUCAAUUAAAUUCUUCAGGAAAGUCGCGGCCCAGGCAAUAGCAAUCCGAAGAGGUACGACGAACACAGACAAUAAGAGAGUAGAUUUUCUCCAGUUGAUAAUUGAUGCCGCUAAGCAAACAAACGACGAUAAGACCGAUCAGAAAGAGUGUGAGGAUGACACCCAUGACGACCUCGACGUUGAGCACGAAGAUGAUACCCUCUCCGUCACGCGCAAUGCUAAGAAGACAACGACCCUAGAAGAUGAUGAAGUCAUGGCACAGGCAAUGUUCUUCUUUCUCGGUGGAUUCGAGACGACCAGCGCCCUCUGCGGUUUCUCCUCUUACCUUCUCGCCGUGAAUCCAGAGACUCAGGACAAGCUUCUCGAAGAAAUUGACGAAAUGGCGCCCACGGCAGAAUGUGUAACAUACACUACGAUCACCAAGAUGACCUAUCUAGACCAAGUGCUACGUGAAACUUUGCGUCUCUAUCCCAUUGCCCCAAUCGCCAAUCGUAUCUGUAGCAAAGAGUAUCAGAUAAAUGGUUACACCAUACCAAGGGGAAUGGAGGUCCAAAUCCCCAUCUACGCCAUACAACGGGAUCCAGAGAUUUGGUCGGAGCCAGACAAGUUCAUCCCUGAAAGGUUCACAAAGGAGAAUCGAGAGAAGCAACACCCACUUGCUUGGAUCCCUUUCGGUAGCGGACCCAGGAUGUGCCUAGGUAUGAGGUUCGCUUUUAUGGAAGCUAAGAUUGCCCUCGUCCGAGUCUUGAGGGAAUUCCGCUUCGAGACGUGCCCUCAAACUGAGAUACCACCAACGUUGGGAGCUCUUGGAUUUAUCACUCCACAGAACGGUAUUACGCUUCGAGCAGUGCCACGGAGCUAAAUCAAAUAAUUCAUUGAAUAAACACAAAUAAGUUGUACAUAUUAAAAAGAAACAGUUAACCAUAUUCAAAGGUUUAUAUUACCCCCCCCCCCCUUGCUACCGUAAAUUGUAUAGUUGUGUAAAGUAGAACACGAGCAUAUUCAAAAUGAGACUGUGCUGUUAUUUUAAUUUUAACUGUAUUAGUAAGGUUUUCUUUGUACCAAAAUAUUAAUCAUGAAUACCCGAAUUGAACAUAAACAACUGCAAGUGUGUAUGGUAGAUAAUAUUCUUAUGUUUGGCGAUCUUUAAAUCAUUUGAAAAUAAUUGUGUACUAUAAGUGAUCAAUCAACGUUGAAAAUCGUCAUAGAACAAUGAAUAUUCAGACAGUUUAUUGCUUUGGCUUCAUACAUCAAUGCAGUUCGUGUUCGAAGAGAACAUUUAAUGGAUAAAUUAUGUAUUUUCUACAACUCUAGAAUAGACAAAAGGCAAAUUUAGUAUUUUCAUCAUUUUAUUGUAAUGACCCAUAAUUAUUAACUAAGACUGCCGUGAAAAUGUUACACAGAAAACUAUAUUUUGUGAGAUAAAGAACUGUUCAGAUGGAACUUAUGGGACGCUUGACACGUGGAGAAGUAAUAGAAAAGAUCAAGUGCAAAAGAGUGGAAGAAAGAGAAGAAAAAA